UCACCACAGCGCUGCUUGACCGGAAAUCAGUCCGACCACAACACUGUGCUCUCGGGGUGGUGAGACGAGACCGGAGCACUGUACGGAGGUAAGUAUGCCAUUGGAAAGACCAUGUGCUACCAUGGUCGAGAUCGAACAGCAGGAAACUAUCGAGCAAGACGAGAUCGAGUAUGCCACUGCGACGUCAUGGAACCAGCACCUGAUCACCAGAUACAUGCAUCCGACACGGUAGCACAAAAGCUAUCGAUGCUUCUUUCUCGACCUGGUCUUCGUCACGAACAAACAGAACUCGACGCAGGAUCCGUAUAACAUGUCGACUGGCGCUCUUUCGGCUCGAGAAGCAAGCAUUCGCGUGCUUCAAACGGGACUGGAACAUUUGUCUGAGCCACAGAUCAAGACCUUCAUCCAAAAUGUCUACGGAGCUCUUCUGCUCUCUUCAGGUGGGCUCUUCUCUAUCUUGCUAGGAGGAGGUGUUCGGGCUAUCUCCGAUGAUAACGUGGGCAUCGAGCGACUGCUGCAUGGAGUCGCUUUCCCUUUCGGUCUCGUCCUCGUAUACCUCGUGGGCGCGGAGCUCUUCACAGGCUACCCAAUGUGGUAUGCGAUGACAGCAUUGGAGCGCAGAGGCAGACCACUGCAGUAUUUGAAUGGAGCUAUUGCAAGCUGGCUGGGCAAUCUCGCUGGCUCUCUGAUCUUUGCGGGGCUCUUCACCAAAGCCACAAGAGUUCUGGCCGAGGAGCCAUGGCAUACUUCCAUUGUCGAACAGAUUGAGAACGACAUCAUCAAUCUACCCUGGCAUGUCAUUUUCAUACGAGCGAUCGCAUGUGGCUGGCUUGUCACCAUGGCCAUGUUUCUGGGAACGCAGAAUCAAGAUGGGAUCAGCAAGCUUCUGUUCUUGCAUUUUCCAUUCAUGAUCUCGGCUACUGCUCGCUUUCCACACACGGUCGAGUACAUGUACUUGUCCAGUGUUGGCAUCAUUCUCGGCGCACCGUUGAGCUGGGCCGGCUACUUCUGGAAGUGUUUGUUACCACUGACACUGGGAAACAUCGUCGGAGGCGGAGUCUUCACUGGAGCUUAUCUGUGGCACAUACAUCUCCGGACGUCAAGCUACGGCGAGAAGUACAAAGAGGCAGAGUCUAAUCCAGAGUCAAGGCCACUGCUGGAUGGUGUUUGAUCUGUACUGGAGAGGCUUCAUUGCGUUUGUUGCGAGUUCAAUGGACACCGCUGAUCGGCGUACUCCUCUUUGUCAGAUGCGCGCAGAAUAUCUGGGCUGUGAGUUUCUUGGCCGCGUGAAGCUCUGUUCAUGGGUUGCGCGCGAAGCUGACUCAUUUCUUGCAUGGGCUUCCAGACACAAGAGCAAGAACAAGCAGAGAAUAUGGCGCUACGUAGAUCUGGAACGUUAGCUCUCCUGUUCGCUGCAGAUGCAGUGAUUUUCGUCCUCAGACUUCGUUUGCGGCACGACGCGGAUAGCUGGAGGGCCGUAAGAACUAGACCAGGUCGCAAAGAAACAGCUAACGAGCUACCUCCAUCUGCUUCGUGGCCAUGCAAGCAACACGAUAGAAGAGACAUAUUGACAAUCAAUGUGCUACACACGCGUGUCCUUUCGCAUGUUUGGGUCUUCCUCGCGAUUGGUAUGCAAGUGAUCUCACGAUGCUCAUCGAAGCCCUGGCAUUGGGCGGGAGUGGAGCCGAGCGUCCGCGAUGACUUGUCAUGUACAUUGGUACAAGAGUUGCA